AUGAUAGACAACGAAUGGGUUUCGGUCAUGGUUUCCGACAUUUCCAGUGCCUUUGCAAAAGGGCAGGUAGAGGACGCGCAUAAGCUCAUCGAGGAAGUACUAGCCAAAAUUAACAGAGACGGAGUUCCCGCCUUCUACGCGGAAUUUGCUAUAAUUGCGGAACAUACACAUAGUAUUCGCGCAUUCGAGGAUUACAUGGACCUCAAAGAAAUUGAGUAUAAACCCGAAAGCAGCGAGGGCCCGAUGAGCGACGUUCCAGAGGACCCGGAGAGCGAUGAUGGUGGGGAGACGUUCAGCAAUGUUGGAGAGGACCCGACGGGCGAUGAUUCAGGGGUUGAAUUAUGA